AUGACAGAUAUAGGGAACAGUGUCACAGAAAGGUCUCUUGAGUGGUUUACUACUAACACAUUAAAAAGUUCUGUUUCUGUUUUCCAGGCAGAGAAAUCAAAUGCAUUUAAAUGCGGUACAUUUGGGGCUUCAAGCCUUCAACAAAGAUAUUUGGCAACAGGAGACUUUGAUGGGAAAAUGGCAAUAUGGAACUUGGAGGCUCUCGAGGCACCCGUGUAUUCAGUGAAAGGUCACAAGGAAAUAAUUAACUGUAUAGAUGGUGUAGGAGGACUGGGGAUAGGAGAAGGUGCACCAGAAAUUGUAACAGGCAGCCGAGAUGGGAGUGUGAAGGUGUGGGACCCGAGACAGAAGAAUGAUCCUGUGGCUACAAUGGAACCAGGAGAGGGAGAGACUAAAAGGGAUUGUUGGACGGUUGCUUUUGGGAAUGCAUACACACCACAUGAGAGAUGUGUCUGUGCUGGUUAUGAUAAUGGAGAUAUAAAACUUUUUGAUCUGAAAACUAUGUCACUGAGAUGGGAAACUAAUGUGAAAAAUGGGGUUUGUGAUUUAGAAUUUGACAGAAAGGACAUCAAUAUGAACAAACUGGUAGCAACUACAUUAGAAUCUAAAUUUCAUGUUUAUGACACUAGAACUCAGCACCCUACAAAAGGUUUUGCUUGCCUUACAGAAAAGGCACACAAGUCAACAGUUUGGGCAGUGAAGCACCUACCUCAGAACAGAGAUAU